UUUACACAUCGCAUUUGAUCGCAGCGUUUGUAGGUACGGUCCCGUUUGCUCAGUGCGCAUUUUGUUCCAACUUGUUUGUGUGUAUUUGAGCUGGCGAUUUCGAAUCGGUGCGCCGCACGUCAAUAUUAAUAAUAAAACGUUGUCGGUACGACGUUAUAAAUAAUCGUUGUGUCUGUGUGCGAACAGUCAAGUGAGUCAUUUAAAAACAAAGAAACCAGUGUCAGGUAAAACUAACCCCAAAUUUACCGGUCAAGUGUAUUGAACUGUCAAACGAGUGCAUCAGCUGUUAUUUGCGUCUGUUACAAUGAGACUGAUUAAAGAAAACCACUACAAGUAAAAUGUUCCCGUUAUGUAAUUUGUGAUUUACCGUGCUGAACAAUGAACCUGCCGCAAAGCCCCGAAUAAAACCGCCUCAAACAAAUUUAUAGGUUAAGUGUCGCUGGUGAAAAACAAACCCACAAACAAACAUGUUGCUGUUGAAAAAGGUGUAUCGCGACGAGCUCCUGCAACUGGCCCUGAUCCUGAGCCUGUUGCGGGUCAAUCAGAACGGCGUGCUGGACUACAACAUCUACAACACGGUGGCCAACCUGGACUUUGGCAACGGCACCAGUUGGAGGAGCCUCAGCCCGACCGCUUUAAGAUCACACUUAGCUCACCCCAAAAGUUUGGACUCUGUACUAUUGAAUUACGAAAGGGACUUGUUCGCUGACCUAAACUCAUUGGGCAGAUACAACCGGCCUUACUAUCGACACCCUGAUGUCACUGCCUACUUGUUGAACAUUGAAAGGGGUGCCCCGCUGGCCAAUGCCGAAACCUUAGCUGAAACGUUGCCCGAGGUGCCUGCACCACAGAACACCACACAUGAACCCCACACCGAACCUACCUCAACAAAUGAACCGGCUACUGAACCAGGCCUAGAACUCACCCAAGAGGAUAUGGAUCUAAUAGAAGUGUUGUGGAAACAAGACGUCGAUCUUGGUUUCUCCAUCGAACAGGCCAAAGCCGAGAAGCCGGAACUCGACGCCGACGCCGACGCCAGCUCCCCAUCAACCAACGACAAAGAUGAGGUCCACGAGAAGCUUAAGACCCUCAAGGCCAUCAACGAGGGCACCAUCAAAGAGGAGCCCAAACGUGACGAGGCCGACGAAGUCGAUCCAUGGGCUGGCAUUGAUUACGUCGUCGACACAGAAACUGGGGAGUACGUCAUCAAGGGCGAACAGAACGACGCUUUGUCUGGAUCAGACUGUGCGGCACCUUGUGACCUGCCGUUAGGCGAACUACCGCUCUCCGAACUAUUCCUAGACGAGGCCCUACGUCUUGUUGAGUUGGAUGAUGACAACAUCGACGACGUGAACGUCAGGGAGUUGGAGAAUUUGUCGUUGGACACGAGCACAAGGGAUUCCUCCGGCGAGGAGGCGCAACCAGAUUUGUAUGGUGAGAACAACGAGGAUCCAGAGGACGAUCUUGACUUGCUAGCUGAGAUGAUACAGACGCCGCAGUUCCAUCAUGCUCAUCACAGGGCGGCCUUCCAAGGCCGCAUGCCGUUCGUGCGCACGGUGAGCAUGGAACAGAGAUGGCAGGACUUGGCGAACCUUCUCAGUCUGCCGAACCCGGGCGAUGGCAGUUCGAUCCAUCACCACCACCCGUUCAGCCACCAUCACCACGCCGCCGCUGCGGCCGCCGCCCUACACAACUACAGCCACCCCCACGCCCACGGCAUGGGGGGUUACAGUCCGGACGCCGCCCGAGGUGUGCUGCUGCACAACGCCACGUUGCCGACGCCCAUGGGCGACCUCAACCCCACCGUACCUUAUGGAGGCACGAACUUGGGCAACGCGGUGGCGACAUCGAUGAACUUGACGAACAGCAGCGAACCUAUGGGUGAGUCGAGUACUGCUCCUCAUUACAAAUUGGAACCAUCCCACGAUAUGAUGUACUACCAGAACGGCUCUUCGGAACUCAAUCAGACCGAUGGUUUUCUUUCAUCCAUUUUGAACGACGAGGAUUUGCAGCUGAUGGACAUGGCCAUGAACGAAGGAAUGUAUACAAUGCGUAUGUUAGACAACAGUACGAGCAACAAUGCCACCUCGGUGACAGGUAACCUGAACAUGACCACUGGAGGGACAGCAUCCAACACGGGAGUCACACCAGUCACCUCGCGGACCGACAUCGACAGGGUUGAUACGUCCAGCGACAGCGCCGUCAGUUCCAUGGGAUCGGAACGGGUGCCAUCCCUCUCCGACGGAGAAUGGUGCGACGCCGGUUCCGAUUCCGGACACACAGUCACCGACCACUACGUCUCCGAUUACCAAUCUAAAUUCCGGCCUUACGACUACAGCUACUCAAGCAGACAGCUGACCGGCUCUUCCGACUCAGGACGCAUACCCCCGGUGGCGCAGAAGAAGCACCAGAUGUACGGCAAACGUUACUUCCAGGAGCAGGGCGCCACCUCCUCGACCCCGCAUUCGUCCCACCACUCGGUCAAGUACGAGUACCGCGACGUAUCCUCGUACAACGCCCCCAAUAACAGCGUACCCGAAGGAGGCGUCGGACCCAAGCCGUCCGAAAUGAAGUACUCGUGCUCCAUGGAGUUCGGACGUCAGCACCACCUGAACAGGAACUCCAUCGAUCACAUCCAGCACAAUCACACGUACCACCUGCCUGCGGAGAGCAGCGGGGCAGUACAGAGACCUGUCUCGAGGGACAAAUCUAAAGGGAGGAAGUCAGAGGAGGAGCACUUGACCAGGGACGAGAAGAGGGCGAGGGCCCUCAACGUACCCAUCUCGGUGGACGACAUCAUCAACCUUCCAAUGGACGAGUUCAACGAAAGACUAUCCAAGUUCGAUCUGAGCGAGACGCAGCUGAGUUUGAUCAGAGACAUACGCAGAAGAGGCAAGAACAAGGUGGCCGCCCAGAAUUGCAGGAAACGCAAACUCGAUCAGAUCCUAACGCUGGCCGAUGAGGUCAAGGAGAUGCGGGACAGGAAAAAUCGGCUGAUGAACGACCACAAGUUCGUGGUGCAAGAGUGCAAGCGCAUGAAGGACAAGUACCAGCAACUCUACAGGCACGUUUUCCAGAAUUUGCGAGACCCGGAAGGCAACCAGUACUCGCCUUACCAAUACAGUUUGCAGACCUCGGCGGACGGCUCCAUUUUGAUGGUGCCACGCUCGAACUCCACUUCCAGUCAGAUCCAAGAUAGAAAAGAUCCGCCACAGGCACACAAGGAAUAAACACAUCCAAAAGAAUUUCAUAUUUGUUUUUGUUUCGAUUUUUCUUGAUUCAAAACGGGGUAUAACAAAAUUUUUGCUCAAGAUUUCCUUUGUUUUUUGAAUUCUCUCGGGUUUUAUUUUUGAUUUAUUUCUCUCCAUAGUUAAAAGGCAUUUAAUUUUUUUUAAGGUUGUUUUUUUUAUAUCGCAGAAUUGACUAGUUUGGUUUUUAUUUUCUCAUGGAUACAUAGGAUAAAAAUAUAACGCAUACGAAAUAUAUAUUUUUGUAACACAUGUUAAUAUAACAAAAAAAAAUCAGGUGAUCAAUAUGCCUUUAACAUAACUCAUUCUAACAAUAACUUUAUAAUAUGUAAAUAGUACCAUAGUUGAAAAUUUUCGCUAGUGAGUGAGUACUACUAAGUGUCUGACUGAUAAAAAUAUGGUGUAGGAUUUUGGGUUAUAGAUAUUGUAGUGACUUUAGUAGUCAGGAACAUGUUUUAUAAUCUUCUUAAUAUUUUGGAUAAAGUAUAUGUGAUUUAUUUGUAACAUGCAAGGUAUUUCAUGUAUUUGAUUUUUACUUUGUUCUAUUCAUUUGACGGAGUGCGCUCUUUUGAAUGAGUUACUCUCAUUGAUAUUCAAUGCAGUUCGAGCCCCCUGACUAGAGAAACAAAAUUUUCGUUACAGAAAAUCGAUUUUGCAUAGUAAUUGAAUCCAGUUUAAAAUAGAAUUCAAUACUUAUUGUUUAUUGCUUUUUAAUUUUGACUUGGCUUGGAUGGGAAAUGGUAAUUCAUUGUUGUUUGAAUCGUCUGAAUAAAUUGCAAUAAAGGUUUGAUUGAAUUUUAUUACGAAUUUCAGUAUGUUCGAACUCCUUGAAUUGCAUGUUGCGCUCUGUUGUUGGACAGUUACAUUGGAAUACCUUUUAAAUGGAUUUCAUACCAAAUAAAGCAACAACAUUGGGUCUUUGUAAUUUGUACAAUGUGUUGUGUUAGUUGGUGUGUGCAAUUGUAAAAUUUAGUAACCGUACUCAGAUAGUUUGGUAUAAGUGUAUCAAAAUUUAGGUAAUAAUUGUUAAAAACGUAGGUUAAUAUUUUUAUAAUCAAUAUAGUUUUUGUACAUUGUAUAUUAUUAAGUAGGGUUUUAUAAAUUGACCCGAACACCAUCGGUGGUCAGUAAAGCAGUUUUGAUUGAACCAACAUUUUCUUUAUUUGAUUGAAAUACAAGAGAAUUAGAAAAGUCAACGAAACUAAAAACAUUCCAGUGUAAAUUGUUCAAAAUUAAUUACAAAUUUCAGUUCAAUCACACUGUAUAUUGCAAUGCAUAAUUGUGGAUCUUAUCCUGCUUAUGUUUAGCCUAUUGCAUGAUUGCAGCUGUUUGUACGGCAUCGUUGUCGAUUUAGGACUCCAAAUAUAUCAUUCUGCACAACAUUGCUGACAUAGUUUUAACUGGUGCCAAUAAAGAUCUCUGGAGUAAUUGUGUGUAAUAGCAGCGCUUGUCUUUUAAAAUAAUUGAAUUUUUAAAAUUGAAUCCCAAUUAUGUUAUUUUUUUGUAAAUAUAUAUUAUAUUAAACAAA